AUGGACAACUACUUGAGAGAUCCAAGCUCCUAUCGAAGACUGAUAGGGAAGUUGCUUUAUCUCGCUAAUAUUAGACCUGAUUUGUGCUUUUCCAUUGACCUAUUAAGUCAAUUCAUGCAAUCCCCAACUGAUUAUCAUUAUCGGGUUGUUCAACAUGUUCUUAGGUACAUGAAAUCUAAACCCUCAGAAGGAUUAUUCUUUUCUUCCGACUCUCCAAUACACCUAAAAGCUUUCAACGAUUCAGAUUGGGAAACUUGUCCCAAUACUAGGAGAUCUACUACAGGGUUCUGUGCCUUCCUUAGGUCAUCCCUUGUUUCAUGGAAAUCCAAGAAACAGAAGACUGUUUCUAGGUCUUCUACUGAGGCAAAAUAUCGAGCACUAGCAGCUACUACGUGCGAGAUACAGUGGAUUAAAUAUCUUUUAGAUGAUCUAGAAGUUCUAGAAGCUGGGACUCCAGCUUUGUACUGCGACAAUAAAUCGGCCAGACACAUAGCUCAUAAUAAGAGCUUUCACGAAAGAGCCAAGCAUAUAAAGCUUGAUUGCCAUGUUGUUCGUGAAAAGGUACAAGCGAAUCUUUUGCAUCUUCUUCCCAUACGUUCGGAUGAGUAG